UCUUAUGCUUCUUCCUGGAGUCAAAAGUCAUCAUGGAGACCCUGUGGCAGAAGAGUAUGCAGUUCCUGGUGAUAGUAUGCUGGCUUUUCGUGAGCCUGGAAUCCCCUGCAGAGGCUGAGAAUAUUCUAUGCUACAAAACCUUUGAUGCAGUCUCAGGGACUUGCAGUAACUUGUUGGGAGGUGGUGUUUCCCAGGAAGACUGCUGCCUAAACCAUGAAUAUGGUUUCCAGGGGACGGAGCAUGGGCCCUGCCAGUCCUGUCGCGAAGCUGAGUGGGGUGAAUGGACCUCAUGGAGUUCAUGCUCGGUCUCCUGCACUGAAGGUGUCCAGCGGCGCAGGCGCAUAUGUUAUGGCUACCAUGGAGAGGCAUGUCCACCUGGUACACAGAAGUGGGAGAUGAAAUCCUGCCUUCUGAAAGAAUGUUGCCCUGUGAUGGGUGGAUGGUCAGAAUGGAGUGCCUGGAAACCUUGCUCAGUGACCUGUCAGACUGGGACCCAGUUAAGGGAACGAACUUGCACCAAUCCAAACCCUGUCUGUGGAGGCACCUGCACAGGAGUCGGCAAAGAAACCAGGCCAUGCGAUACUAACCAGAUUUGCCCAACUCAUGGAAACUGGGGCAGCUGGGGACCUUGGCAGCAUUGCUCCCAUAAUUGCGUUGUAGAAGGCUCAGCUUCACAGCCUCAGCAACAACGAUCCCGUCUGUGUAACAAUCCUCCACCUUCUUUCAGUCCUCCAGGCAGGCCAUGUCCAGGAGCAAGCCGGGAAUCCCAAAGCUGCACAGGACUGCCCUUCUGCCCACGGGAUGGCAACUGGGGCAACUGGAAACCAUCGCAACCCUGCAGUGUGACCUGUGGGGUCGGCCAAGUCUUGCAGAAGCGUCUAUGUGAUAACCCUUCACCAAAGCAUGGAGGGAAGCCUUGCCUUGGGGAGGACAUACGUAGACAACCCUGCACCAUCAAGGUGCCCUGCCCAGUGGAUGGUCAUUGGGCUGAAUGGUCACCUUGGAAGAAUUGCAGCCGUUACCAAGUGGAUAUUACUAUUGAGUGUGAGGAAAUCCCUGCCUCUCAGAUAAGAAAUAGGAAGUGUGUUGGACGGCGCAAUGGGGGCAAGCCUUGUGUGGGACUCGGCAGAGAAUCCAGGACCUGCUACAAUUUCCAAGGAUGCAGUGUGCCAGGAGCCUGGACAGUUUGGAGUCCUUGGGGUCUCUGUGAGCCAGCCUGUGGACCUGAACCUAUAAGGUCUCGUAAGAGAGUCUGCGAGCCCAUCUAUCCUAAUUAUCCAAAGACGAUGGUAGGAGAGGAUGGGAAGGAAAAAAAUAUAAGUUUUUGGGGAAUCCCCAAACCUCAAUGUAAGCGUCUGGAUGGACAAGACUUGGAAGUGGUGGAAGAAACACGAUGCCAAAAUGUGCCUCCUUGUGAAGACUGAUUUUGCAGAACUGGCGGCUAUAAAUUGCUGUACUGGAAAUUCCUGCGAACCAUAAUAUAUGCGGCUGUGAGAAAUGCUGACUUUGCUUCCUAUGAUUUUUGCACCCAUUAUCUACUGCUUCUUUAAUGAUUAAAUUAUCAUAGAAUAAUAAAUUA